UCUACAGAGCUUCUGGUUUCUGUCUGUAAUGAAGACCAGAAGACAUCAGUAAAUCUGCUGGACUGUGGGGUAGAAGUGAAACAAGAGGACACAGAAGCAGAUGAAGACCUGAUGGAGCCAAAAGAAGAAAUCACAAAUGCAAGAGAACAAACUGAUCAAGAUCAGAAAGCGGUAAAGCAGGAAAUUUCACAACUCAAUGAAAUGGAGGAGAAACCUCAUAAUUUGAUACCCAAGGAAGAAUCUCUGAGCUGCUCAAUAACUGUGAGGAAUUUUUCCCCUAAAAGAAACAACAAGCAAAAGGCAAAAGUCAAAGAUGCUUUUACGUGCCCUCAAUGUGGAAAGACCUUCACAUAUAAAUGUCACCUUAAUGACCACAAGAGGAUUCACACUGGAGAAAAACCUUACAGCUGUGAUCAGUGUGGAAAGAGUUUUAUUCGUAUGUUUAAUCUUAAUGGGCACAUAAGAAUUCACACUGGAGAAAAACCUUACACAUGUGAUCAGUGUGGAAAGAGUUAUGGUCGUAAGAGCGAUCUCAACGGGCACUUGAGUAUUCACACUGGAAAAAGGCCUUACAGAUGUGAUCAAUGUGGAAAGAACUUCAUUCGUAAACUGGAACUCAACAGGCACAUGAGAAUCCACACUGUAGAAAAGCCUUACAAAUGUGAUCAGUGUGGAAAGGGCUUCAUUCGUAAGAUUGAUCUCAAUAGGCACAUGAGGAUUCACACUAAACAAAGGCCUUAAAAUACCCCUACUACGGUGAUUUUCGUAUUUGAAAAGUUCAGAUGCAAAAACCACUAAACGCAACCUCGGUCAAAAAUGAGAUGAUAAUAUUAACCGAAUGCUUUUGGCAUGUAUUAUACGUUCAUCAAGUAGUUUUGCUUGCACUCAUAAAAUAGGGGUGCACUCAUAAAUUGGCCGAUGAUGCUUGCUAUGCUUGUUGCUUUAGACAGACCAUCAAUGAAUUACGUUGAAAUGCCGCUACAUCCAAAAGCCAGAGGGCGCUCUUGUGCAGAAACUCAAUAUUCGCUGCAGAUGAAGAACAAUACACAGGCAGCUCCAUAGAUAUAUACACUGGCCCUGCGUUCCAGUUCGUUUUUUUAUGAACUUCCCUCGCUAACUUCCCUCAGUCUCGUUCACUCGGAUGUACGUCAUUGCUUACGUUGUACGAGUGCCCACUACUGCUAGAACACUUGAAGUGGGUUCAAAUGGAUCGCCCUAAGCCCUUGAUCACAUGGAAAGUGGAGACUGCCCCCUCCAUGUGCAAAGCGCGAGUUGCUGAAGUGACGUCACAAUCGUGUUGGAUUGUGGGAUAUGAAGCUGCAUGAAGUGUACAUAUGAAGCAGACUCGCUCCCUCGGUCAAAAUCGAGGGAGCGAGGGUCUGUCCAUACAAACUUCCCUCGUCCACUUGACGAAGUGGAACGCACUCCAAAAUGGCGACAGGGAUUCCCCCGAGGGGAAGUGCUUAGGGAAGUUCGCGAGUGUGUGUCUAAAACUGGAGUGGAACGCACCCUAGAUGUCACCUUGGCUACAGCAGUGCAUUGGACCGAAUGCGUCAAAUAGAGCCGCCAUCUUGAAACAGGGGAACCCUGCAUCAGCGUCAUUGUAGGCAAUGGUGUAACGGAAAUAAAAUCACCAUAAAUCGUCAUGAAUGCGAUUUUCUUGGUUUUCUUUUGGUUCUUUACAACAGUCAGACAUGUAUUUAGCAUUGAGUCCAGAAAAAAAUAAAAGUUUUGAUAUUAUGAAAAUCUACUUUUUCUAACUAUAAUGCAUAGUGCUAGUAGGCCUAACAUCAAUACGAAGCACAAAAGUCUGGCACCGUCCAUGAAUUCGAAGUACAGGCGAAGACAGCAGUUUUACCUAGCUACUUCCUAUGACAAGACCCCUGUUCCAAGAUGGCGGUGGUUUUGACGCAUGCUUAGAACCCCAAGGCGACAUCUAGUGUUUAUAUCUAUGACGCAGCUCCAGGAAAUGUCUUAAGGAUAUAUUUAUAUUGCUGUUCUUUAAACCUUUUCAGGUAUUUUCAUGAUAAUAAAGAAUUUGUAUAAUGAUUAUGUUUGACGAGUGUUGCUUUUUCAAAUGCGUGUUUUAAAUGACUCAAACCAACAGUGAUUUCAGAUUGAUAAGGACUUACUGAUCAAAAGCUGUAGUACAUGAACUAGCUGUGCAUAAUAUCUGGGUGUGAUGGCUACAGCGCGUCUCACAGGAAAUGUUUAAAUAACUCGUUUUAUUUUCAGACCAGGGAUACUCUUAAAUCGAAAAAGAAAAAAAACUAAACUAAUGGUUUACAAGUUUAAAAUGAAUUUUUAAAGAAGGAAAUGCACACAUUUAAUCAAUCACAUAGAAAUUAAUGCACUUGCAAUAUGAAAUGUACGCGGGUCCAGAACAAGUUCCCUUCGGAUCUGGACCGGAGUCCAGACUUUGAGAACCCCUGUUCUAGACCCUUUUAAGGGGGCUUCAGCCACCCUGUCUGUCAUCUUAGCCACCCUACAAUUAUUAAAUCUAUCAAACUCUCAGAUAUACAGUUAUGUUCAAAAUAAUAGCAGUGCCACAUCGGUAACUUGAUAAACCACUGUUAUCCGUAGUAGGAAUAUUUCUGAAUUAGAAAUUAUUUACUUACAGAAGUAGUAGUGUAAUAGAAAAACAAUAGACCCAUUUGUUAUGAUAUCCACACUAUUUUUUCCGAGUUAUAGACUCAUUUAUUGAAAGUGGCUUCAUCAAAAUAAUAUUAGUGUGAAGUUAACUGGAAAAUGAGUUCAUUCUGUGAAAAGAACCCACAUCUCCUUUUUGUCCUUUUUGUUCGUACUAAGUCUGAACUUGGCCUACUUGGUAUUGAGAAACAGCCCUAGUUUCAAAAAUUAUCGGUGUAUUUUUUACUGUUACAUUGUUCAUAAUGAUUUUCCUUUU